UGGUGCUACCAGCCCUGCCACUUGCAGUCCUGACGGCCAGGGGUGGGCUGGGGACGGAUCCCGAGCCACAGGUUGGAAGAACAAGAAGCCGUCCCCAUGCUGGUGGCCCUGUGAAGCAGAUCCCUCCCUGUGGAUGUCCCCGGGCCUGGGAAGAGGAAGGAAAGCUCCCUGAAAUCCGACACCCGGCCCUCUCCGCAGGGAAACUCGCAGGCUGGCCCACCAAGACCAUCACUAUGUCCGAUGGGGACUAUGAUUAUCUGAUCAAACUCCUGGCCCUUGGAGAUUCAGGAGUGGGGAAGACAACAUUUCUUUAUAGAUACACAGACAAUAAAUUCAAUCCCAAAUUCAUCACCACAGUAGGAAUAGACUUUCGGGAAAAACGUGUGGUUUAUAAUACUCAAGGACCAAAUGGAUCUUCAGGGAAGGCAUUUAAGGUGCAUCUUCAACUUUGGGACACUGCGGGACAAGAGCGGUUCCGGAGCCUUACCACUGCAUUUUUCAGAGACGCCAUGGGCUUCCUCUUAAUGUUUGACCUCACCAGUCAACAGAGCUUCUUAAAUGUCAGGAAUUGGAUGAGCCAACUGCAAGCAAAUGCUUACUGUGAAAAUCCAGAUAUAGUAUUAAUUGGCAACAAGGCAGACCUGCCAGACCAGAGGGAAGUCAAUGAACGGCAAGCUCGGGACCUGGCUGACAAAUACAGCAUACCAUAUUUUGAAACAAGUGCUGCAACUGGACAGAAUGUGGAGAAAGCUGUAGAGACCCUUCUGGACUUAAUCAUGAAGCGAAUGGAACAGUGUGUGGAAAAGAUACAAGUCCCUGACACUGUCAAUGGGGGAAAUUCUGGAAAACUGGAUGGGGAAAAGCCAGCAGAGAAGAAAUGUGCCUGCUAGAUUCUACAUGGGAACUGGUUGUCAUGAACCCACCCACGUCACUUUCAUAAACAAUGACAAACCACAAUAUAGUUGUUGAGUAGAUCACACACGAUGGCAUG